AGACAUGAAGUGCAUGUGGCAGAUUUUUGUCCUAUGGGUCUUCUGGGUGCUCAUCUUGUGCCUGAUGGUCCCCUGCCUGGAUCAGAAACCCGCAUCGGCACCCCAGGAAAAAGCGAUGUCCUUGGUACCACGGCUUGGCAACUGCCUUUGGCUUAAGUUCAAGGGGUGUGGCUGCCCAGCUGAGACCCUCAACGACUCCCUCUGCCACCACACAGUCAGAGAACAGAACUGGUUUGAUGCAUGCUAUGAGAAGACGAUGGGGUACCUGAUGGGGACAACAGAGUCCAUGACCCCUGAUGCUGUGCUCUGGUGGUUGGGCAUGAACUCAGCAAGCGAGCUGGGGGAAAUGUGGGAGAAGCUGUUCAAGGUGAUUCCCAGAUCCUCAGUGAGCCAUAAUGAUCUGUACUGCAGGACAUGCGUGCCGGUGGGGAAUUCAACGACCCUGCGGGCUUCCAACAUCAGCAACAAUGUCACCCAACAGACCACAGUCUUCGGGUGGGUGUUGAGGAGAGCGCAGGGAGCAGGAAGGCCCAGGCCUGCUCCCAGAGUUCUGCCAGUUUCUGUUCUCCUUCUCAGGAUGAACCAGGCCUCUGUUCAGAGCUUCAAGACGGUAGGGAACCAAACCAGGGGACGCUCCACCUGCCAGAGAAGUGUGGGGGACCAGGGCUACUGGAGACAGCUGCUUCUGCUUGUCCUGAAGCUUUCUGGGCUGGCAUGGACCUCAGAUGCCCUGAGUCAGGAGAUUUUGGAAGAAGAUCUCAUUCCCUAG